UAGGGUUUAUGGAGUUCCUCGCGGUGUUGCUAGGAGCGAUCGUGCUGCUGCGCUCCAUUGCCGGUGCCGCGGAGCUACAAUGGAAGCCGCUCCAGAGCUGGGGCGAGCUCCAGGACCACGAUCUAAUCCUCUGCCUCGCUACUUUUCCAUGGAAUGGCGAGGCCAAGAGCUUCAUGCGCGAGUUUCUCGAGCUCCUGAGCCGCGAGAGGCCAGAAUGCGCUGGAAAUCUGGAGCUGCGCAUCGCGCACACACACAGGGACGAACAAAGAACUUGGAUGUACCUCACACUGCACAAGUCGGGAGAAACUUUCCAGUACAGAGGCAAGCUCUCGGCCGAGCGAGUGCUAGCUGCGGUGGAUCACGCCUUGGUAUCGGAGUUAUUCCAGCCUCUCCACACAUUUGGCGUUUUGCAGGAAUUCAUCGGCUCCACGGACAGAGCUUUUGUCUUGGUGGAUCUCUGUGGCUGGACGCUAGAGACUGGCAGGAUCGUGGAAGACUACGAGAACAACGAGCCAAAGUUUGGACAGCCCGAGAGCCUACUAUAUGAGACAGCGAACGAGACUUCUUCGUGUGGCUCUCGACGUGAUGAGCUCGUCUUUAGUUCCUUCUACCGCAACCUCACGGAGGCUGCGAGCGCGAGCUUUCUUACACCGCUAUCAGCGAGGUUUGGAGUUAUCACGCUGGCUCAGGUGCUCGAAGAUGCAGGGCUUGAGAUUCCAGACGGCAAGCCAUGGUUUCUCUUGAGACGCACCGAAGACAUCUCUCGCUCUUGGCGAGUUUUGGAUGAUCCGGCUUUGCUCGACGACUUUUUAGAGAACACUGGUGUAGUUGUGGAUGAGGUGGACCAGGACACACAAGAAAUCCCUCGCGACAGGCCGUCGGUAUUUCUCUUCUUAUCUUUCUCACCGGAACUUAGAGGUGAAAGCAUCGAGGCAUUGCGUAUCGUCCGCGAAGUUGCCAGGUACUAUGAAAGUUCGCCCCAGUGGAAGACCUCUCGUAACGAUUCCAAAGUAGUCCCCGUGGUUAUUGAGCAGGACCAGCCGGUAAUGUUUCGUGGUGUCGUCGUGAAAAAUGGUCAGACCAUCACACUCGGCCAGAAAGAUUUAGGAGCAGGCAUAGCAAGGAUCUUGCAGCUUUUGCUCCAAGGUACAGGUGGCAAAGAUGAUCCAGAAACUACUGCGGUCGUUGACAAAGGAACUUCGCAAGAUAUAACAGCAGAAUCUGUUCAUGAAACCAGCCAAGGGGACUUUGGUGCAGAAUCUCAAGCGAAUGGAGAAGAUGAAGGAAUGCAGGGGCAGGAAAACAGCAAGGUGGCCCAGGAUGUUACCAUGGAGAUAUCGACAGAAGGAACUAAUGAAGCCAUGCAAGAGCACGAGGAUAUGAAGUCUCAAGAAGACGUAGACGAGUGGAGGUUCAACUUUGGCUUCUUUGAUAGUGCGUAUGCACUGCAAGAAUUUCUAACUGGAACAAGCAACAGCAGGCCGUCAUUGGUAGCAGUUUUUCCCGACAGGAACGCACGAUAUGUCUAUCCAGACGACAUUCCUCUAAGUUUUGAAGGCCUUGUGGAAUUCCUCGAUGGAACUCUAUCCGGUGGUGUCCUGGCUACGCUGAAAUCAACUCGAGCUCCAGUUGUUUCACGAAAAGCGGUCACACCUCCAUUCGUGAAUCGAGAUUUUCACCGAACUCAUCCCGUUCCUAGCGUGUCACUCGAGACGUUUCCAGAACUGGUGAUGGGAUUUAGAAAAGGCCGGACAAAUUCUUCUAAAAGCAGUUCGACUUCCUUGGUUAUGUUUACGCUCCCAUGGUGCGGGUUCUGCAAGAGAAUGGAGCUUGCUAUGCAUGAAGUAUACAAAUACUUCUUGAUCCAGGGUAAAGACGAUUCAAAAAGCGUGGAGCUAAUAGUUCCCAGCUUCUAUCAGAUGGACUGUGGAAGCAACGAUUGUAGCCAUAUACUAGCAAAUGUUGUGGAGAAUCAAGAGUUUCCAUCUCUUCUAUUAUUUCCUUCGAAAGACAAAGACAAAGUCUCCGUAUACAAAGGUGCCCCGACGGUAAGCGGCAUCCUACAUUUUAUCGCAAAGCACGGGACCUCGACCGUUCAGCCACCCUCGACGAUAACAAUCCAGCAAAACCUCGACGAGACUUCACAAGAGGGAGAACGCAUCGGAAUUGGUCACGUCCUUUUAGCCACCGAGAAACUUUCGGCCAACUCUCCAAACUUCGCAAACUCGGCAGUCCUCAUUGUUUCCGUGACAGACAACUACGUUGUGGGGCUGGUUAUGAACAAGGACAUGCCAAAGGAGGAACUUUUAGCUGUUGAUCAGCGGCACAACGUGAAGAUUGGCUACGGGGGACCUCUGUACACGCGUCCCAAGUACAUAUUCACCUUCACUAGGCUCCAGAACCUGGAAGGCUUCGGUACAGUUUCGUAUGGCCUCUCUGCGGGUGGUCCCUCUGCAACCGAGAAAGUCUUCGAAAUUAUUGAAGCCAACAAGCUGCCAGCGUCGGAGUUCAAGUUUGUAGCGGGGCAUUGCGGGUGGACUCCACUGCAGUUACGGGAGGAACUAGCUGAUGGUUACUGGCAGCUAACGCAAUAUCGAGAAGACAUGUUUCAGUGGGAAGGCGAGCUGCAACAGACAAACACUUGAAUUGCCGUGGAACGGUGGCUUCAAAGUUCAAAGGUGGAUCGAUCGAGCUUGGACAUGAUCAGGAACAAAGUGCCGCGGAUCACGAUCAUGCUCUGCAGCUUGUGCCGAAGAAUUAAGAAAGAGAGCAGAGUCACCGUCUCACUUUUCCCAAGAUUUAAAAGAUACCAAGGACAACACAACAGGCAGAGAGGGAGGGGCGCUGAAAACAUUCAAGCCAGUGUGACUCAUUGGUUGAAGAACAGCGUGCAGUAAGGAGCCAGCGGCAGUGGAUUGCGCACCGUGGUGUUACCGUUGAAGGAGAUGCUCUGGGAUUUGGUCACGAGUAUCCGACCGACCCUCGGCUCACGAGAGGAGCGGAGGCUAGAGUGAGAUAGACUAGGCAGAGACAGGAGGAGCAUCGUAACCCCGUGGCAUGGUGGUAGUGGUAGUAGCGCUAGCGUAGAACUCCGCGCUGUUUAAAAGCCGAGCUCGGUGGUGGA